CUGGCAUUGCUGGCCCGGGGGCUGCGGGUCCAUCCCGACCCCGGGCGGGCGCUGCAAGGCCUGGCUGGCGCCUUCCAGCUGCUGGAGCUGGCGGCUGUCAACCUCUACCUCUUCCCCUGGCGCCGGGAAUUCAGCACCAUCCAGGUGAGGCCCUGAGGUGGUAAAGGGAUGUUCUGGGGGUAUCCAAACACCUCCAGCCAUGCUCCCCGCUUUGCUUGCAGACCUUCUCUGGUGCCUACAUGCACCUGCUGCGCCCAGCGCUCCCCGAAGCCGACCUGGUGCGGAGUUUGAGCCAACUGGGCUACGAGCGGCAGGACCGGCACCACCUGGCUGUGGGCCGGCUGCCCCCGGGGCCCACGUUGAUCUCCACCGCCGUGGGUUUCCUCGCCUGCCGCCUGGAGUGCGAGAUCCUGGCAGAGCUGGUGCCGCAGCUGGGGUGGCCCCGUGCCGAGGAGCUGCUGGAGGCACGGCAUGGGGCCAGGGGUGCCAAGGGCUGCCUGGAGAUGCUGCAGGACCUGGGGAUGCAGCACAGGGUGGCUGCUGACUGCGGUGAUGGCGUGGAUCUGUACCAGGAGAUGCCAGACAACCCUGAGGACACAGGGGGCAAGGACCCAGCCCUCCCAGCGCUGAGAAGGGACCCUCAGGAUGUGCCCCUGAGGAGCUGGGGACGUUGUGAUAGCACACUUAGGCCAGAGCCUGGGGGCAGCGCUGAUCUGGACACCUCCUCUCACCUCUUCACGGAGCAGGAGCCGGUGGGGACCAGCAGAAGCCUCCAGGUGCUGGGGGAGUCCCGGGACUCCCCCCAGGACACGCCAGAGCUGCCCUGCUAUCAGCUGCACUCAUGCCUGCGCCGGGGCAUGCUGCCCUCGUACUGCUGCAGCACCUGCCGGCAGCUGCACGCAGGCAGCUGUGCCAUGGGACACGCCUGCCGCAGCCGGCACCGCGGGCAGGAGCUGCACGGGGAGCGGCAGCAGCGGCUGUGGCUGCAGCGCACAGAGCUGGACAUGCUGCUGGCUGAGGGCUCUGCACCCCGCUCCUGACACGGCUGCUGUUGCUGCUGCCGCUGGGAAGGGAUGGGCACAGCCCCUUCUUCGCACAAGGACCCAGAUACAUCAGCGCCCCAGACAGCGGUGCCCAGGCCCUGCUCCAGCCCGGACAGUGCUGCUGUAAAUUAUUCAGUGCAUCAGUAAAGUGGCUGCCUUGA